ACUCUUUUUAACCAACAGACAAGAUGUGGUGGCUUGUUGCUAAAGAUACAAUUGACGAAAACAAAGAUUUUCUGUACAACGGACGCGACGCGCACAGUUUCCCAGCGUGUUGUUUGUGCAUGAGCUACUCGCCGUUCCUGUUCUAUAUAACAUCGCAAAAUGCGAUGGACACUUUGAAGCCAAUUUUGGAUCCAAAAUUGAACGUGUUCUGUGCGGAAUGUGUGCCAAGGGAAUCUGAUUGCAACAAUUCGGAAAGAAGGCCAUUCUAUCAAACCACUUGUUUGUUUAAUAGUGAGGAAUUUCUUUCCUUUUUUCGCGAGUAUAAAUGUACAAACCCGUACUACAAAGUUUAUCGCCACGUGGAUAGGCUCAUCAUUACCGAAGACACGAAGAUAAGUCCCAACUACAAAAGGGUGUUACGCAAACCUGGCCCGAAGUUAGUAAAGAUGCAGAGGAUGCUAGAGCUCUUUCCGCCGGUUCACCGAAUGCCGUUUCGAAAACAUACGGACGUAGUGGCCAUGUUUCAAGCUUUGCGGGACAAAGCGGAAGAAAUACGUCAAUUCUAUCAUGACGGUAGCACCUCCAGGCUCCACGAUAACAUUGACUGGCUGGUCGAUCGUACACCCUUGCAUCUAAGGCAACGCACAGCAUCGCGCAUUCCUAGUGAUACGGAAUUGCGCUCAACGGAAGCGGCGUCGGAGUCGUCGUCGGAAGCAAACUCGAUCGUGCUUACCCAAGAGAGUUCUUCCGAUUGGCGAAAUGAUAUAAGCAGUAGUACGGUAUCCAUGCUUAGUGACACGGUCCCUGCAAGUACGCAGCAAUCCACGUUCCCGAGCCUAAGCUCGCAGAUGAGCCAACGCAACACCAGUUCGCAGGCAUGUCAUAUUAGCAGCCAAUCUGUUUCCUCCACAAUGGACAAUCCGAUCUUAUCGGAAAAUAUUGGAAACGAAGUGCCCGCACUAGCGCCGAUUGAAGACCUUCCGAAUAUUUCGUCCACUUCUUCUUCGGGCAGCGAAAUGGAAGCAAACAGGAAAACGAUUGUGGCCCGCCGUGGUGCCGUCGUGAUCCACGACUCGCAGGAAGCGGGCCCAAGUGGAUUACAAAUGCACCAGCAACACCAACAACACCAGAAUCAACCUGAAGCUGCCGAGCCGGCUUCUAAACGACGUCGUGCAUCCCCGCGUCCCAUGAAUCCGUCCCCAGCAGACUUUCAACGCGGACACGCCGGUGCUAGAACACCCCGGUUGCAUGGUGGUUAACAUGACGGAAUUUUAUUUCUGUGUAUACAAUUUGUCCUGUGAAUUUAAUUUGUUAAUAAAUGUUUCUCAUUGUUUGAACAAUCUUCGCGAUUUAACGAAAAAAAUAAUGUUUCGGUGUGUGAUGGAUGGUUUUCUCAUCU